GAGGAGAUGAGCCACUUAUACUCAAAACCAGAAGUUAGCUACGUUAGGGAUGGUCUAUUAACAUCACCAGUCGAGAGAUUAGAUGGUAGACAGUCAGAAGAUUUCAGAUCUAUCGAAUUUGAGAGAGGAAAUCUUCUCAACAGUUCAGGGAGCUGCUUAGUGAGAACUAAAGGUUGUGAAUGGCAGACGAGUAUAAAGUUGGAGAUUGCGGAAGGUGCAGAAGUCAGCUGUAUUGACACUCAAGUAGAUUUCACGUCUUCCACCUUGAACACAUCGAGAAUACCUGAGAAUAUGUCAGCUGGGAUGCUCAGCAAUUUGCUUAGAAAUACAAUUACACUCCCAAUCGAACAGUUUAGGAUUAUAGAUGCAGAUGAGAAAUCUAAGUGGUUUAGAUUGUCGAUAUCGUCCACAUUAGCAACAAUUGAUGAUUCGAGUUAUAGUAAUAUAAUAGAUACGUUAUACCUCAGCGUGUUUAUAUCGUUGUUAGAUGUCAGGCUACCUCACACUCAGCCGUUGAACUAUGAAGAAAACCAGACGGAUUCGCUCAAAAUAGGGAAACAGCAAAGUAAAAAGGGCAUAGAUUUUGAACUUAUCGACUCACACAAGGGUGGUUUCUCACUGGAGGGGUUGAAUGAUAUUCCGUUGUCGAUAACGAUAAAUGUUAUCAAGGGUGUUCAUUUUAUAGACGCGACUUCACUUGAAGACUCAAUAGACGAUCUUAUUUCUGUCACGCUGAUGUUUAAUCAACAGGGCCAGAUCAAGGGCACUCAGCUAAAUGGCAAAGGGGAACUAGAGUACAGCCAGCUUAACGGUGUAAUACAGCAUGGUUCUAGACUGAUAAAAGAUCUAUUUAAACUUGUAGUAUAAAAUUCAUUCCUCGUCCUCAGUUACGCACUGUCCCCC